AUGGAGGCUAUACAUAGUGUACCAACUGCCAAUGGCCAACCAAUACUAUAUCAGAAUGAGAACAUCAUCCUCUCAGUAGACAGCGUCUCAAUAUAUGAUGGAGAUUUACAGACACAGUAUCAUAAGGGAAUGUGCAUGGUUACUUCUGUUAGAGUGUUGUGGACACAGACUGCUGGUGGAAGCGCUAAUGCACUUUGUUUGAUGCAUGAUUCGAUUGUGUCUGUGGACAAUGUUGCAGCUGGAUUCCUUGCAAUGGGUGCCUCACCAAAGAUAUCUAUACUAUGUCGCAAUGGCAAGCAUCUAAAGUUAUCAUUCUCAUCAUCAUCCAAGCGUGAUGAGUUUGGUCGGCUCUACAAACAACUCUUAUUCGAUCGCCAAGAGUAUAUGCGUCAACAACAAGCAUUGCAACAGCAACAACAACAGCAGCAGCAACAGCAACAACAAGCAGGUGCAAAGCCAUCAGCCACCAGUCCCAACUUUAAUACAUCGAAUGCAGGCAUUACUGGACUGAUCAAACAAAUGGAGAAGAAACAGGAAGAGACUGACAAGGCUUUGGUCGAGGCGUUUAGCGAUUUGAAGGCACUGAUGGAGAAGGCAAAGGACAUGGUGGUGCUGAGCGAGAAGUUAAAGACAUCACUUGACAAGCAGGCGCAGGGCAGCGGCGCCAGUGGCGAGGAGGAGGAGUUCCGCUCAUUCCUCGUGCAGAUGGGUAUCGCAGCGCCCGUCACCAAGAAGACGGCCAAGUCACACUAUCACACAGAGUUGUCCAAGCAACUAUCUCAAUGGCUUGUCGACAACCAUAUACUCACCAAACAAGGUGGCAGCAGGAUUGGCAAUGUCAACAGUGGAAUGAUCCCACUAGCUGAUCUAUAUUGUAUAUUUAACAGAGCAAGAGGAAUAGAACUGAUAUCACCUGAUGACUUGUAUAGAGCAUGCUUGUUGUUUGAACAGUUGGACUUGGAAGUAAGACUAAGGCGAUUCGACAGUGGAGUGAUGGUCGUUCAAUCAAAGAAUGAGAAUGAUGAACAAGUUGCCAAGGAGAUCCUGGAGAUAAUCAAAGAGUCUGGAGGCGCCAUCACAGCCUUCCAUCUAUCAAAGUUGCAACAGAUAUCACUAAGUCUAGCAAACGAGAAGCUAUUGGCAUGCGAGAAACUUGAGAGACUAUGUAGAGAUGAGACUCUGGAAGGACUAUCAUUCCAGGAGAACAUAUUUGUAUAA